AUGAACGACAGAGAAAGAAGUCGCUCACCCCUCCACACUAGCUCGUCCUCUCCAAGGCUGACCACAAACCUCGUGACUCAGCCGUUUCACCGCGAGGCAGGCGAAUCCAAGAAGACUAUAGAGAUUCCCUGCACGCUGCCCCCUCACCAUGGAACCUCUGGUUCUGCUGGUCAAGGAACUAUCUUCAACGCUCCUGAAGUUGGCGGGGAGGAUGUUCGUUUCUCUCAGCAAAUCCAGGAAGCGGUUUCUCAUGUCCUGGAAGGAUACGACUGGUCACUAGUCACAACGCCUGCCAGAAACCAAAGCGGUGAGAAAAGAAAACCACACAUCAAGCGGCCGAUGAAUGCCUUCAUGGUGUGGGCGCAAGCUGCCCGCAGGAAGUUGGCUGACCAGUACCCUCACCUGCACAACGCAGAGCUCAGCAAGACCUUGGGCAAAUUGUGGAGACUUUUGAACGAAGCUGAAAAGAAGCCAUUUGUGGAGGAAGCUGAGCGACUGCGGGUGCAGCACAAGAAAGACCACCCUGACUAUAAGUACCAGCCACGUCGCAGAAAGACUCCCAAGAACAGUAGCCAGAAUGGAGGCCAGCCAGCAGCUGCCGGUGGAGCUCAUGGGGUCAAGUCCUCGGCUGGCGGCCGCGACACGUCGUCGCCCAGCGACGAGUGCUCCAGUGAGUGCUCCAGCCAGCCCGGCAACUCCAACGGUCCGCCCACACCCCCGGUCACUCCCAACCAGCAUGAACAGGCGAGCCUCAAGUGUAUGUACGACAGACGACAUCGGGGCUAUAUCAUGGGGCCCUCUGGACACCCCAUAGAUUUCAGCAGAAUGGAUCUGAGUCCCGAAGUGAUUGAACAGUUCGAUGAUCAGGAUCUGGAUCAGUACCUGCCGCCGUCUGGCAUGGCUCAUCCACUGGCGCAACACAAUCCCCACCAUGGCGACAGCGGAUACUCAGGCUGCUACAUCACUGGACCCAUGCAAGCCGCCUCUUCGGGACUGUCUGGAUGGCCACCAUCUUAUCGCAUGACUUCAGCAAGCUCUUCUUGUCUGCCACCUUACAUGACACAGAACUCCACAAAUGUCGCACCGCCUCCACACACCAUGCAAGCUCCUUACGACCUGUCCGAACAAGCAACUCCAGACAACAGGUCGCCACCCAUUGCAACAUCUUCAGCGUCAUCUCGUGCCACGACGUCGCAGGCAUCGCCCCAGAACCUGGCCAGCAGCGACAAUUUUCUCAACACAAACAUCUCCGAGUGCAAAUAUCGUAGCGAUGACGCUUGUUCCGUGAAAAUGGAGCAGCAACAGGCUCAGUCGCAGGCCAUGAGAACCUCGUCAAAUCUCCAGUCCUUCCGUUGUGACCCUAAAUAUGAUGCCAGCGCUUUUAGUGGUAGCCAGCCCACCACUCGAUACAACCUGGACUCCGGGUCGAACAUAUACACUCACAUGUCUGGGCCCUACGUGCCACAGAAUGGCUCCGGGUCUCACGUCGCACCGUCUGGGUAUCAGUAUAACAUGAGCCUGCACAGACCCGGCAUGUUUAACGCCAUCCCCGCAGCCGUGCCAGCAGAGCAGACGUGGGAGCGUUUUGGUUAG